AUGGGGAGCGCUCCAGCAGCCACCGCCGGCGAGAUCAGGCGUGCGCAGCGCGCCGAUGGACCGGCUGCCGUGCUCGCCAUUGGCACGGCGAACCCGCCAACGUCCAUGACUCAGGACGAGUACCCCGACUACUACUUCCGCGUCACCAACAGCGAGCAUCUCACCGACCUCAAGGCCAAGCUCACCAGGAUCUGCAAGAAGUCGGGCAUCAAGCAGCGCUUCAUGCACCUCAACGAGGAGCUCCUCGCCGCCAACCCGGACUUCACCGACCGCACGCUGCCGUCCCUCGACGCCCGCGUGGACAUCGCCUCCGCUGCCGUCCCGGAGCUAGCCGCGGCCGCGGCCGCCAAGGCCAUCGCGGAAUGGGGACGCCCGGCCACCGAGAUCACCCACCUCAUCUUCAGCACCUACUCCGGCGCUCGGGCCCCAAGCGCCGACCGCCGGCUCGCGUCGCUCCUGGGCCUCAGCCCCACGGUCUCCCGAACCAUGCUCAACCUCCACGGCUGCUACGGCGGGGGCAGGUCGCUCCAGCUCGCCAAGGAGCUCGCCGAGAACAACCGCGGCGCGCGCGUCCUCGUGGCGUGCUCCGAGAUCACGCUCAUCGCCUUCUACGGCCCGGAGGGAGGCUGCCCGGACAACAUCCUUGGCCAGGCUCUGUUCGGUGACGGCGCCGGCGCCGUCAUCAUCGGCGCCGACCCCGUCGGCCCCGUGGAGCGGCCCCUGUUCGAGAUGGCCUUCGCCUCGCAGACCACGAUACCGGGAACCGAGGAUGACAUCUCCAUGGAGAUCAACAAAGGCGGCAUGGAAUACCACAUCUCCAACAAGGUGCCACGGCUGCUUGGGUGCAAUGUUGAACGCUGCCUGAUCGACGCGUUCGGCGCGCUUGGCGUCAGUGCCAAGUGGAACGACCUUUUCUGGGCCAUCCACCCCGGCGGCCGUGCGAUCCUGGAUCACAUCGAGGGAGUGCUCGGCCUGGACGACGGGAAGCUGGCGGCGAGCCGGCACGUGCUGAGCGAGUUCGGCAACAUGAGCGGCACGACGGUGAUCUUCGUGCUCGAUGAGCUGCGUCGUCGUAGGGCGACCAAGCAGGAAGGGGUAGAAGCACCAGAGUGGGGAGUAAUGAUGGCGUUCGGGCCAGGAAUCACAAUCGAGACCAUGGUGCUGCACGCCCCUGCCAUCCUCGACGAAAAUUAG